AUGAAAAAAAAUUUAGAAAAAACAGAAAAGUUAGAACAACUAAUCAAAACUGAACUCAAAAAAAAAGUAAAGGGACCAGUGAUAUGGAGUAAGGAUCUAGAAAUAACUCGUUUCGCUACUGAUAAAAAUUAUGCUAUCAUUUUUAACAGACAGGCUUUUCGACUUAUUACUUACGAAUUUGUUAAUGAAGAACAAAUAAAAAUAACCUCGAUUAGAAGAUAUCCUGAUUCAAGUCUGUUGUUUAAAUAUUCGACGCUAGAAAGGGCACAUGAAGAAGCAAAAAAAGUUGAAGAGGGAAUUAAAACUCAAUAUGAAUUGCAGGAAUUAAAGUCUAAAGAGUUACCAGAAUUAGAAGAAAACCUAAUUAGGGAAAAAAAUAAACGAUUAGAAGAUAAAAAAGAUGAGUUUGUAGAAAAAAGAAGUACUGCAACUAAUAAAAAAGAAAAGGCACAGAAAAAAUUAAGGAUUUAUUUAAGUUCUGUUAGGCGACAAAAUGAUGAUGACUUGAAAGAUUCUGAACUUACUAAAUUACUAAAUGAAAUUUGCGAAAAACAACAAGAAAUCACUUUAUUAGAAAGAAAAUACGAGUCCCAAAUAUUGAAAGAAGGAUCACAAAUUCCAGUUAGAGAAGAAAAUAUUAACUCUGAAGAAAAUAAAGCCUUAGAAUUGCAAGUCGAUAAAACUGAAGUUCAAAUUGGAUUUCCAACUCCUCAACAAGUAGUGGAAUUAGGGAAAAAAAUAGUUGAUCAGAAAUUAGAAACUCAAGAGCAAGAGCAACAAACUCAACAAGAAGUUCCGCCUAAAGGCAACAAUUAG